CACCGGGGCUCCAGACCCAGGCAGCUCACCAGCCACACGCUGGACACCCAAGAUCCUGCCUGACCCUGCAGACCAAGAAGUUGCUGGGAUGGGUGUCCCCACAGCACCUCUACCCUCCUGCCCCAGAAAGACCCUGCAGAAGAAGUGGCUGGAAGCACUGGGCGCCCUCCACUAUGUGCUGGCUUUCACGAUCCUAGGCCCUUUCUCCAGUGUUCUCCUCUUCUACCUCCUCUUCACACGGCUCUGGUCUCUCACUGUUCUCUACCUGAUAUGGAUCUACCUGGACCGGGACACCCCUAGCCAAGGGGGAAGGAUGUGGAGCUGGAUGCGGAAUUGGAGAAUUUGGGAACAGCAAAGAGAUUAUUUCCCCAUCAAGCUGGUGAAGACGGCAGAACUGCCCCCCAACCAGAACUACGUGCUGGGAGCCCAUCCCCACGGAAUCACAAGCACCGCUCCCUUCUGUAACUUUCUCACUGAAUGCAACAGCUUCUCCCAGCACUUUCCGGGGCUGCAGAGAUGGUUAGCUACAUUAGCUGGCAUCUUUUACGUCCCCGUGUUCCGAGAUUACAUCCUGUCCACUGGACUGCGUCCCGCGAGCCGUCACAGCUUGGACUUUGUCCUGUCUCAGCUCCAGCUGGGCCAGGCAGUGGUCAUUGUCAUUGGCGGUGUUCAAGAGGCUCUGUACACAGAACCAGGACAGCACUGCCUGGAACUCCUGAAUCGCAAAGGUUUUGUACGCCUGGCGUUAAGACACGGGGCCUCCUUGGUGCCUGUGUACUCAUUUGGGGAGAAUGAUUCCUUUAAAUGUAAGGCUUUUCCCAAAGGCUCCUGGCCAUACCUGUGGCAGGUCACCUACAAGAAGAUCACAGGUUUGCCCUUUUGCUUCUGCUGGGGCCGAAGUAUCUUUUCACCCAACGUCUUGGGUUUUCUGCCAUUUCCCAUGCCCAUCACCACUGUGGGUGAGUGCCCACCUGAAGAGGAGGGAACAGCCAUGGGGAUGUUGACACUGGCAGCCUCUGGCUCACCUGUGUUUCCCUCACCUGCAGUGGGCGCCCCCAUCUCCGUGCCCCAGCUCAGCGCACCGACUGUGGAGCAGGUUGACCACUACCACAGACUCUACAUGGAGGCCCUGGAGCGACUGUUUGAGGAGCACAAGGAAAGCUGUGGUGUCCCCGCCUCCACCCACCUCACCUUCCGCUAGACCUGACCUCACCUUCCUCAGAGUCUUGAGCCUCCCAGUUCCUGCUCUGACCCAAUAAAGCCUGGUUUUAGAAGUGAACAUGUAGGCUUAAUCUACUCAUAAUCUCCCUUCCAGCCCUAGUCUCCGUUAAGGUGUGUGCAUGACCACUUGACCAUCUUGGUCUGGACAGGUAUCUAGAGGGGCUGGAGGCAUAUCCCAGAACCCCAGGCUUGUGGAUACACCAUCAGGAAUGUGCUGGUACCCAAGGCCUUGUGCCAUCCUUCUCUGUUUUCCCUCGUGAUAAGCAGAGAGCCAGAUCAGAAAUAGAACAGCCAGGACUCAAACCAUAGCCCAAACUGGAUGUGAGCGCUGCCAGCAAAGGGUUAACAUGAUAUGUCAAAGCACUAGCUUCGCUAAGUACUCUUUUUAAAAUAUAGCCAGCAUGGCGGUGGGGAGAGGGACUGUGUUGUGGAGUAUCAGGUUAAGCUGCUGUAAGGCUAAUGUCCCGUAUGAGUCACAGUUUGAGUCCCGGCUGCUCCCCUUCCUACCCAGCUUCCUACUAAUGCAUCUGGGAAGUCACUGGAGGGUGGUUGAAAUGCUUGGGCCCCUGCAACCCAUGUGGAAGACCUGAAAUAAUCUCCUAGCUUUGACCUGCUCCAGCCUGGGAUGUAUGCAUCCAUUUGGGAGUGAACCAACAGAUGGAAGAUCUCUAUCUAUCUCCGUCUCUCUGUGCCACUUUGCCUUUUAAAUAAAUACAUAAACAGGUAUUUUUAAAAGACAGGAUAUAGUGACCUGGCAUGAUAGCCUAGUGGCUAAAUCCUUGCCUUGCAUGCACCAGAAACCCAUAUGGGCACUGUGCCCCGGAUGCUCCACUUCCUUCCAGUUCCAUAUUCGUUGCCUGGGAAAGCACUCAAGGAUGGCCCAAAUCGUUGGGACCCUGACGGAAGACCCAGAAGAAGCUCCUGGCUCCUGGCUUCAGAUCAACUCAGCUCCGACUUUGUAGCUAUUUGGAGAAUGAACCAGCAGGUGGAAGACUUUUCUGUCUCAUUUUCUCUGCAAAUCUGUCUUUCCAAUAA